AUGAAGCGAGCCUCCCGCCCUGAAAUCUCACUUCUUCCCCAUCUUGUAUCUCAUCAACAAUCUGUUGCAAAUCUACAAUCCAUCUCUUGCUUGGGCAUUGCAUUCCAACCAAUUGACAAGCACUCAACAUCUACCAUCCUCCAAGGAUCGACAUUCAGCUCCCAAGAUCAGCAUCACGCCAAAAGCUGCACGUGCUAUCUUUCAUCAUCAUCACCAUCAAUCCAACUUUUCCAACUUGUUCAUAAGUCUGGGGAAAGCCCACUAGUCGGAUCAAUAUCCACAUCAACCAUCACCACCUACACCAACACCACAACCACCAUCAUGGCUGCCACAAUUCAGCAACAACCCUCAGAACAACCCCACCGGACUGGCUUCCUCGAUCUCCCCGUCGAGAUCCGCCUAGAAAUCUACGACCAGCUCCUCCGCACAACACCCUACACAAAGUGCUGUCGCCCCGGUCCCGAUUCCAAGGUGCACGCCUCUCUCCUCCGCACCAACCGCCAGAUCCACGACGAGGCCACCGACCUCCUCUACGGCUCAAAUACCUUCCUCGCCCACCCGACACUCCUCACCUCAUUCCCCCGCCUGCGCGCCUGGUACGGCCCCGUCAAGGAGUCUUCCAUCAUCCCCCGCAUCCGCCGCUUCCACACCCAGGUCCGCCUGGACGUUGACCUCCCCUACGAGGCCGACGCCGUGACAGAAGCAUUCAGCGGGCUCGACGAACUCUCCAUCGACGUCGUCCAGGCCAUGUUCCUCGGCGUCGGCUACCGCAACCUCCGCAAGUUUGAGGGCGUCCGCGGUGUCAAGAAGGUCCGCAUCACGGGCAGCACCACUGGCUUCGAGGACUACGUCCAGUGGCUCACGAUGGCCAUGAUGAGCGAACCCGACGCCAAGAUCCCCGACUUUGUGCCUCAGCAACAAGCCGGCUGGGUCCAGCGGUUAGCCAACGUGCACUACUAG